AUGCUUGAUGGUCGUGCUGCAACUUCGGGUAAUUUUAACAACAAAACAACAUCCGUAAUUCCGUUGUCACAAUUGCGAAGGAUGAGGAACAGCAGUUGCGAAAUCCAAGACAAUCAUACAAUGAUUGAGAAAUAAGACUUGUACAUUAGAUAUAUAUAAACAACUAGACAUGCCAGAUCCUAGGAGAGAGUCAAAAAGUGGCCAUGUGCUAUGAAUAUUAGGAGAAGGAAGAAUCAAUCGUAAUUUGAGAGAUUUGCAGAAGAUGAGGAGGAACGUAGAAGAAUUGAAAGGGAAGAAGCUGAAUAUUAACAGAAAUAAAAACAAGAUGUAUUAUUAAGAGCAAAUAGAUUAAUUUAUGAGAAUAAUCCUGUUAUUAGAUAAUUUUAGUAGAAACUGUUAUUUUCAGAUGUUCUUCAAGAAAGGGAUUCUUAACUGUAAUUAAAUGAGUAUAAGAAGACUAUAAACAAUGUGAGAGACAAGAUUCAUCAUGAAGAACAGUUAGACAUCAUGGCCAAUUACGAUCAAGCAGAAAAGCUUAAAGAAGACGAAUUCAAACGCAAAAAAUAAGAAUAAAAAAAUGUACUCAAACAAUAACAUGAUGAAAUGAUAAACAAUCAUAUCAAAUAAAUGUAGAAUGAAAAGAUUGAAGGCUAAUUAAUCAAGGCAAGAGCAUAGAAAAUGAUUCAAGAGGAGGAAGAAGCUGAGAAGGACAGAAAGAGGAAGAGAUAUGAAAACAUGCUGGAAAUCAAAAAAGGUAAUGAGGAAAUUAAAGAAUACAAGUUAUAAUAAUUACAAAAAGAUAAAGAAUAAGAAGAAUAGAUUAAAUUACAUGGAGAAAAGAAAGAUAGGAUCUUACAAAUGAGAAAACAAAGAGAAGAAAUCAAGUUCAAAGAGAAGCAAGAAUAAAGAUAAAAAUUAAUUGAUGCUUAAAUUGCCAUUCUUAUGAAAAAAGAGGCUGAAUAAUUAUAAUUGAUGAAUAAAUAAAUUAAAGAGGCAGAACAGAAAGAUGAAGAAGCAGAAAAAUAGAAAUUACUAAAAUAAGAAGCACAAAAGAAGAAGAUUGAAGAAAGUAGAAAUAUUAUAAAAGAAUUUAAAUUGAAGGAUAAAUUGUUGAAAAAUCAAAAUGACAAGGAAUUUCAAUAGUAUUGGAAAUAAAGAGGAGAGGAACUAUAAAAGAUAGAAUAAGAAGAUUAAGAUAACUAAAGAAAGAGGAAUUAAUCGGUUAAAGAAUACUAAUUAUAAUAAAUUGAACAAAAAUAGAAAAUUAAAGAAUAAUAAAUACUAUAAGAACUAUAAGAAGAUGAACAAUUGAAGAGGUUAUAACACAAUGAAAAUAAGACAUUUUUUACUUGGGCAGAAAGAGCAGUUAAGGAAUGGGCUGAGUAAGGAAAGAAUAUUCGUCCAUUAAUCAAAGAAUUAGCUAAAAUUAAAGAAAUUUGA